AUGAUAGAUACUGCAAGAACGCAUUCAAUGAAAGAAACGGCUUUGCCAGGAAGAAUGGAUGCUGGCCACAACAAUGGAGACACCGACCAUGACUGGACAACCGUCUCUAGAAAGCAUAGACAACCUAGAACAUCUCCCACAAUCUUCAUAGCCAACAUUCCCGAGCAGAUGCAGGUGUAUUCCCUGAAGGGCAUUUUUCAAAGAUUUGGAAGUGUAGUCCACGCCUCAAUUCCAAAUAGAAGAACCAAGCGUUUCAACUCAAGAUUUGGCUUCAUCCGUUACGAGAGGCCAGCUUCGGCAGAGGAGGCAAUUAGGAAACUCAACAGAGCAUGGUAUGGUGAUUAUCAUCUUAUUGUCAAGCCUGCAAGAUUUGAGAGGCCGCCAUAUCCUGAGCACUUUCAGGCAGAUCAAAAAAUGAGAUCCAACUUCCAUGAAGCCCGCUAUUCCAACACCUUGAAUCUGCCAAGUGUGCACAACCUCAACAAACCCUCUUAUGCGGACAUCGUCAAAAGCAAUGCUCUAGCUAGUGACCAAGCUAAUAAGGUACAUGCUUCUGAACCUUCUAUCAAAGUACACGCGACAGAAGCGGAUAUUGAAUGGCUCCAUAGGAGUGUGGUGGUGAAAGCAAGCCUUCCAACUGCAGAUCAGUCCAUAUUGAGCUCCCUCUCUCCUGAGGAAGCCAAGAAUAUUCAGGUGCGCGCUAUGGGGGGUAAAUCAUAUGUUCUAACUUUUGAUUCCCAAGAAGCUAUGAGAAACAGAAUCCACAAAAACAAGGAUUGGUUCACUUCAAGAUUUGAGGAUGCACAAGAAUGGUCUCUUUGGAAACUGUCCAACCUCAGCUCAAGAACAGUGUGGAUCAACUGCUAUGGAGUUCCACUGAACCUCUGGAAUCUCAACACAUUCAAGAGCAUAGGAAGAGUUUGGGGUGAAGUGAUCAUGGUGGAUGACUCAACGUUGAAGCAACUAUCAUUUGAAUGUGGCAGAGUUCUGAUUAUAACAAAUCAGCUCGAGGUCAUUAAUCACGCCAUCACCUUGGUUUGUAAGCAUGAUGAUCAUAUUAUCCGUGUUACAGAGGAACAGACUAUGAGCACUCAUACGCCAAAGGCUGCUGGAGAAUUCUUUGGCAAAGAAGACGAUGACGUGUCUAUCCCAGAUUUAUGA